AUGGCUCCUGGACUCUGCCAGAAGGCGUGCCCAUCAUGGGGAACAAGUCCGCCAACGAUAGCAAUGCCUGGAACGAGACCCAAGUUCCCAUCAACAUCUCCGUUGUCACGGAGGCCAUCAACGUCUCGGAAGAUCUGCUGGAUGAUGACAACGAGUCCACCGAGCUGGAUGGCAACCUGUCAGAUGCGACCGAAGAGAACGUGUCGGCGGUGCCGAACAACAGCCAUGACCGCUGGAUUCUACCAGAAGAUGUGCCCAUGGCUGGGAACGAGUCUGCCAACGAAAGUGACGCCUGGAACCAGACAGAACUUUACAGUGGAGAAGCCGGCAAUGCCUCGGACGCACUGGAAGAUGACAAUGAAUCCGUCGCGCUGGAUGGGAACCUGUCCGAUGGGACCGCUGAGAACUUGGCAGAAGUGUCGAACAGCAGCAAUGGCUCCUGGACUCUGCCAGAAGGCGUCCCCAUCAUGGGGAACAAGUCCGCCAACGAUAGCAAUGCCUGGAACGAGACCGAAGUUCCCAUCAACAUCUCCGUUGUCACGGAGGCCAUCAACGUCUCGGAAGAUCUGCUGGAUGAUGACAACGAGUCCACCGAGCUGGAUGGCAACCUGUCAGAUGCGAA